CCCUUCUUCCCUCCCCUCCCGCGGCAGGAAAAGCAGCCGCGGGUGCCAGGCUCGCCGUGGCGCGCGCGCGGCGUGAAGGGCGGCGGACAGGAUGCGAGCGCAGUGGCCGGGACAGUUCUGGGCCGCUCUGCUGGCGCUGGGGGCGCUGGCGGGCGUAGUCGUUGGAGAGUCCAACAUCUGUACCACACGAGGCGUGAACUCCUGCCAGCAGUGUCUGGCAGUGAGUCCUGUGUGUGCCUGGUGCUCAGAUGAGACUUUGCCUCAAGGCUCACCCCGAUGUAACCUGAAGGAGAACCUGCUGAAGGAUAACUGUGCUCCAGAGUCUAUUGAGUUCCCAGUCAGCGAGGCCCAGAUCCUGGAGGCCAGGCCACUCAGCAGCAAGGGCUCGGGAAGCAGCGCCCAGAUCACUCAAGUCAGCCCCCAGAGGAUUGCCCUUCGACUACGGCCAGAUGAUUCGAAGAUCUUUUCACUUCAAGUGCGGCAGGUGGAGGAUUACCCUGUGGACAUCUACUACUUGAUGGACCUGUCUUUCUCCAUGAAGGAUGAUCUGUCCAGCAUCCAGACCCUGGGAACCAAGUUGGCCUCUCAGAUGCGCAAGCUUACUAGCAACCUUCGGAUUGGCUUUGGGGCCUUUGUGGACAAGCCUGUAUCGCCAUACAUGUACAUUUCCCCACCUCAGGCAAUCAAAAACCCCUGUUACAGUAUGAAGAAUGCUUGCUUGCCCAUGUUUGGCUACAAACACGUGCUGACCCUAACGGACCAGGUGUCCCGCUUCAAUGACGAAGUGAAGAAACAGAGUGUGUCCCGUAAUCGAGAUGCCCCAGAGGGUGGCUUUGAUGCCAUCAUGCAGGCUACAGUCUGUGAUGAAAAAAUUGGCUGGAGGAAUGACGCGUCCCAUUUGCUCGUGUUUACCACUGAUGCCAAGACCCAUAUUGCCCUGGAUGGAAGGCUGGCGGGCAUUGUCCUGCCCAAUGAUGGGCGCUGUCACAUUGGUACUGACAACCACUACUCUGCCUCCACUACUAUGGAUUACCCAUCUCUGGGGCUGAUGACUGAGAAACUAUCCCAGAAAAACAUCAACUUGAUCUUUGCAGUGACUGAAAAUGUCGUCAGCCUUUACCAGAAUUAUAGUGAGCUCAUCCCCGGGACCACAGUGGGAGUCCUGUCUGAUGACUCAAGCAAUGUCCUCCAGCUCAUUGUUGAUGCUUACGGGAAAAUCCGCUCUAAAGUGGAGCUGGAAGUACGUGACCUGCCGGAAGAACUGUCACUGUCCUUCAAUGCCACCUGCCUGAACAAUGAGGUCAUCCCGGGCCUCAAGUCUUGUGUGGGCCUCAAGAUUGGAGACACGGUGAGCUUUAGUAUCGAGGCCAAGGUGCGUGGCUGCCCCCAAGAGAAGGAGCAUUCUUUCACCAUUAAGCCUGUGGGCUUUAAGGACAGCCUCACCGUCCAGGUGACCUUCGACUGUGACUGUGCCUGCCAGGCCUUUGCCCAGCCUUUCAGCCCACGCUGCAACAAUGGGAACGGGACCUUUGAGUGUGGGGUGUGCCGCUGUGACCAGGGCUGGCUGGGGUCCAUGUGUGAGUGCUCCGAGGAGGACUACCGACCCUCUCAGCAGGAAGAGUGCAGCCCCAAGGAGGGCCAGCCCAUCUGCAGCCAGCGGGGCGAGUGCCUCUGUGGCCAGUGUGUCUGCCACAGCAGUGACUUCGGCAAGAUCACUGGCAAGUACUGCGAGUGCGAUGACUUCUCCUGCGUCCGCUACAAAGGGGAGAUGUGUUCUGGCCAUGGGCAGUGUAACUGUGGGGACUGCGUGUGUGACUCGGACUGGACUGGCUACUACUGCAACUGUACUACCCGAACCGACACAUGCAUGUCCACCAACGGGCUGCUGUGCAGUGGCCGGGGCAACUGUGAGUGCGGCAGCUGUGUGUGCGUCCAGCCAGGCUCCUAUGGAGACACCUGUGAGAAGUGUCCCACCUGCCCAGACGCCUGCUCCUUUAAGAAGGAGUGUGUGGAGUGUAAGAAGUUCAGCCGGGGAACGCUCCAUGAAGAAAACACCUGCAGCCGAUACUGCCGGGAUGACAUCGAGUCUGUGAAAGAGCUGGCGGAUACCGGCAAAAACGCGGUGAACUGUACCUACAAGAACGAGGAUGACUGUGUCGUCAGAUUCCAGUACUACGAAGACACCAGUGGGAGGGCUGUCCUCUAUGUGGUGGAAGAGCCUGAGUGUCCCAAGGGUCCUGAUAUCCUGGUGGUCCUGCUGUCAGUGAUGGGGGCCAUCCUGCUCAUUGGCCUUGCUACUCUGCUCAUCUGGAAGCUACUCAUCACCAUCCAUGACCGGAAGGAAUUCGCUAAAUUUGAGGAAGAACGAGCCCGAGCCAAGUGGGACACAGCAAAUAACCCUCUGUAUAAAGAGGCCACCUCCACCUUCACCAAUAUCACCUACCGGGGGACCUAAUGAGAAGAGGUCAUCCUUAGACCAUCGUCAGAUGAUGCCAGGACUGUGCGAGUCUCUGCCAUUAUGUUUACAGAGGACAUUUGUGUGUGUGUGUGUGUGUGUGUGUGUGUGUGUGAUUUGGGGCGCGGGUUGGGCUGGGCUGGAAGAAUGUCAGUAUGUGGGAAUGUAUCUCUCUCUGUGUGUACUUGUGUGUAUGAUGAAUGUGGGGAAAUGUGUAAUUUAAAACUUGUGAUGUGUCUCAGGCAGAGCUCCACAGCCUUUGUCCUCAGGACCCCUCCCCAAAGGGAUUCUUCCUGCUUAGCUUGAGGGGACUCAUGAUGCCCGGCAGAUGCUCAUUACGCCUGAGAAGCUAGCUUGCCAUUCUCCCAGAAGAGAAGGGCAGGGCUGAGGUUCCCCCAACCCCCAUUCCAGAGGGAGUGAUGCCAUGUCUUGGUUCUAUACUGACUUUGUAAUUUUCUGGUUCUUGGAGCUGACUCUCACCAGCUAAGGUAGAAAGUGCUUGGCGUUGAAGCUCGGCUGUAUCGUCCGUGCCUCUGCCCACCUCCCCUCCCUCAGGCUGAUGGUUGAGUUCGGGGAGAAUCAAGUCCUCAAGAGUUGCCUGUGGUUUUUGCCAGCACCUCAGUCCUGCUAUGGUUCUCUCAUAAGGAAAGUCCUUGUCACCUGGCUCUUUGGCCUGUUGAGGGUGAGGAUUGCAAGGCCACUCAGAGGUCAGUGCAUGGUCUGGGGGGUGUGCUGGCACCUUCAAGUUCAUAAUCACAGCCAUUCAGAAUUGCCUCACUGGUAGCUCUUCCCAGGAGAUUUGUGAACAUGUGUCAUUGUUGUGUCAACACCAUCUCUUACCUCCUGCUUCCACACCCUCAUGGACACGGACUUGUGCUAUGUGCUAAGGCUCUCUCAUGGUCAGAUGCUUUCUCUUCAGGGGAGAGUGCAGUGGUCAGAGCUGGAGGUCCAUCCCCACUCUUCUGGCUUUCUGCUCUACUUUCCAGGCACCUCUACACACCUCAUCCUAUGCCUCUGUGUGAUUGCUACAGCCAUCCAUGGGGGUGCUUGUGUGUAUCUACCUCUUCGGUGUCUUGUGAAGGAGUCCCCUGAGUCUCCCAUGAGUCUUUUGAGCAAAGUACCAGGGAGGAGUUGAAAGGCCAGUCAGAGCUGCAUGUGUGGCCUGUUCUCCUAUGGGCUGGACAACCUCAUUUUAUCUCAGCCUUUAAUCUGGGAGGCCACAAGUGCAAUUUUAUUUUAUUCCCUAUGAGGACACUCAAAACUAUGAUGAGGCCCGAUCACUCUAAAGGAGCACGUAUAUAAGCAUACUUGCAUUAUUAUAUUUGUAAUUUUGUAUGAUGACAAAGAAGAGCAUAAAAAAACCCACACAGACUGUGUGGCAUACAUUCUUAGUAGCUUGCCAGUUAGUUGCUGGGUCUGUAAGGGGCUCCCCUCUUCCUGGAAGCAUGUGAAGAUGGUUAUGUGGACACACUGAACCUUUCUCGAGGUUUCUCGACUGGCUGUUCUGUUGUCCCAGCAAGUGUGGUUUGCUCUGUUGGCAUUGACUUAGAUCUAACAUUAAAAAUCAGUGCUUACCAUCCAAAGACAUGAGGCCUAUAAACAGCAUCUUGAUGAUCUGAGACAUGAGUCCUGGCCUUGGGAUCGCUGUCCAAACAUCUGAAAGUUAAUUCAGGAAAGCCAUAUUUUCCCCUCUGGGGUUCAAUAUUCUUUUGGAUUAGGUAACUUGGAAGGUCUAUUUCAAGUAUCAAUAUUCUUUUUUUCUGAAAGAUAGGGUCUCAUGUAUCCCAGGAUGGCCUUGAACUUGCUAAGUAGCCAAGGGUGACUUGAACUUCUGAUCCUCUUUUUCUACACUUCUCAGGUGCUACAAUUACAGGCAUGAGCUAUCCUGCCUGGUUUAUGCAGUGUUGGGAAUAGAACCCAGGAUGUCACACAUGCUAGGCAAGAACAUUACCAACUGAUCUGUAUUCCCAGCUUUGGUAUCAACAUCCUAAGAUGCUGAGAGUAAAUACGGUAUCAAGCAUGUGGUCCAGAUUCUGUGUGUGUGUAUAAGGGGACUGGAAUGUUGGCCAGUAGUAGAACAAGCAGUUAUGGAAUGUCCUGGGUUUGAUUCCCAGCACUGAAAACUUGUGUGUGUGUGUGUGUGUGUGUGUUGUGGGGGGAGAGGUGCUCUUGCUUGUGUUUGUCUUUCAGUUUCUAGACUGAAUGCCUUGGCUUUCACGAGAGCUGAUGCUAUUCUUAUAACUUGUCUCAGCAAGUCUCAUUCCUUCUCAGAAUCCCUUCAUCUUUUGUUAGUGGGUGCAUCUGAAGUAACACUUAGUUUUUAUCCAAUUUUUCUUUCUUGUUCACUCUGCAUACGGUUGCAUCUGCAUACCAGGGAGGACCUUCAGUAAGGAGUGGCUGAUCCAGAUGUUGGUGUGCUGAGCAGGCCUUGAGUACAGGAAUAAGCCAGUGACUGUCCUAUUAGGUGCCCUUGGGUUACUCUUGGCUUAGGUGGUGGGAGUAUAGUAGAAGGACAGGGAAGAUGGUCAGAAAUCCAUCCUUUAGCUACUAAGGCAGAGUAUGUGAGAGUAGAGUGGGGUUUUCUUUAGAGAAGAUUGUUUAGGUGAGGAAACCAGCAGGGGAGGAGGAAAAUAUAGUAAAAGGAUGAAAGGUGAGUAGGAACCUUGUCUGUUUCUGCAAUGAGGCUGGUGGUGCUUGAGCGGCAACACCGGUCAGUACACGGGCUUAUCUGUAGCUGUUCUCUCCGGAGGCCGAGGGACAGUCUGAGCGGUAUCCAGAGAAUGAACAUCUAAAUUUGCUCUGGCAUUGAAUACGCAGCACAGAGCGGCUGUGCCUGUCCUCUUACAGGUGAUUUCUGUCCAGUCACAGUGUCUGAGGACAACAGGAACAGACAGAGAAUGCCUGGCAGGUUGCUCUGCUCCCAGACUUUCCCUCAGAGAUACUCAUUCUGACGCUGCCCUUGACAUCAGGACCAUUGUCUUUGUCCAUUUCUGGUGGAAAUUGCUUAAGUGCCUUCCUGCCACCCUCCCCACCUCCUCUGAGUUGUGUAACAGGGAAUUAAAUGUGCUUUCCAAAAGAACUGGCCUGAGACUACCCCAUGUUGUUAUUUAUGUUUUCGUUGGGUGCAAAGAGUGUCACUGCUUUAAAAGUGACAACUUUAUAGCAAAAGCAAGCUUCCGGAUGUAAAAGGAUGGUGCUGGAGCCAGCUUCCAAGUCCAGAACUUUGAUAUUUUCAAAAUGAGCAAGUUACUACUUUUUAAAGUUUUACUGUUUUUUUAAAAUUGGGUGUUAUUUAGGAUCUUUUGCAAACAAAGCUGAAUGCACUGUCAAUAUAGUCUAGGUUUUGCGGGUAGGAAUCACGAGUAAAAGCUUAAUGACAAAUGAC